AUGCAUGUUCUCAUUGUUGGGGCCGGCAUUGGCGGCCUCACUUUAGCCCAGAACCUCCGAAAGCAGGGCAUCUCGUACGAAAUCUUUGAUCGGGACGUAGACAGCAAUGCGCGCUUUCAAGGAUGGGCCAUUGCCCUUCACACUAUUGUCGACGAGCUCAUCUCCUCUCUUCCAGAAGAUCUGCCUGACGUCAGAGAGGCCACCAACCACCUGGCCCCAUUGUCCCUUCCAGGCCAGUUCCGCUACUAUUAUGGUGGUAAGGAUCAAGGCUAUGGAUUCGAGGAUUCUCCUGAAGUGCCAUUCAUUCGUGCAGAGCGGUCUUUGCUUCGGAAAUGGCUUUUGACCAAUCUCCCUGUUCAGUGGGGGAAACACGUUAUUCGGAUUGAACAUGAUGACGCAGGCGUCGAGGUCUUCUUCCAAGAUGGCACAAGUGCUAAGGGUGAUAUUAUUGUUGGUGCCGAUGGGGUUUACAGUCCAGUUCGAACAACCCUUCUGCAAAGGCCUAGCAGCGACCUCCUCCAGGUCGUCCCGCUGAGCGCCAUCGUGGGAGAAUUGAAUCUAUCUGGCGAUGCCUUUACACGCCAGCUCGCUCUAGGCCACAGUGCUUACAAUCUCGUCAACCCUGAGCUCGGCUUCAUCGGCUUUGUCGGACUCCAUAAAGUCCUCCCCGACGCCAAAUCUGGGCGGUUCUACUGGAUGUUCAUGCAGCCAGAUGCGGAAGUCAGCAAUUCCCAGCACUGGCUCCAGACAUCUAGCCAGGAAGAAAAGCUAAACCACGUCCUCAAGACCACGGCAGGACUGCCGGCGAAGCUGCGGGAAAUUUUCGAACUCACCCCGGCCGAGGGAAUCCGUAAAGAGCCCCAUAUCUGGCGCGAUCUCGAACUUGAAAGUCUGCCUUCUAGUCGUGUCGUGUUACUGGGAGAUGCAGCGCACGCGAUGACACCUUCCCGCGGCGAGGGUGCAUUCCAUGCUUUCCUUGAUGCGAUUAAGUUGACUAAAGUACUGGCUCAGGUGAGCGCUGACGGUAGCAUCCAUGAUAUUAAUGCUAUCAAGACUGCAGUUACUGGGUACCAUGAGGAAAUCUUGAGAAGGGGUGGCGCGGCGGUGCGGGCUUCGAGGUCCUCGUAUCAGGAUUCGAAGAAGCGAGCAGAGACUGGAGAGCACUUUAUCACUGGGAUGAUAAAGCUGGAUGACGCGCCAAUUGUGCUUGAUGUCAAAGCCUGA